AUGGCAGUGCUGGUGGAUGCACAAGGCGAUUUGCUCGACAACAUCAAAUCACAUGUAUCGACUGCAGUAGAUCAUGUACAGUCAGGGAAUACUGCUCUCCAAAGGGCAAAGUCGUAUCAAAAGAGCUCUUGGAAAUGGAUGUGCAUUGCCAUCAUAGUCCUUCUCAUCAUCGUUGCCAUCAUUGUAGUGGGAGUACUCCGGCCGUGGACUAACAAGAGUGGUGCUUAA